AUGCUAAUUCCAAUCUUUGACAUAGAGCUAAUGAGAAAAUUAAGCCUUCUUAUAUUUUUACUAUGCGUUUGGAUCUCUCUCAAGAACCAAAAUGCUGAACCCAAGAAGGGUAUUACCACUGCUAGAUGGUCUUCUUCAGUGAAUUCAUCUUUGGUUUUCUCGGCUUCGCCAUUGCCUCAGCUCAUGGUUUUGUCUUCAAAGAAAGAUGUUCUUGAGUUCAAUGAUUCAGGGUCACUUGAGUACAAUUUCUACCGCAAUUCGUGUCCGCAAGCCGAGCAAAUUGUUCGAGCCGUUGUCCAGCGUCUGCAUGAAGCUCGGCCUGACGUGGUUCCUGCCCUCCUGCGGCUUGUCUUCCAUGACUGCUUCAUUGAGGGAUGUGACGCUUCUGUUCUGUUGGAUGCUGCUGAAGGAAUUGAUUCUGAGAAAGAGUCUCCUCCUAAUGAAACGUUAAAAGGUUUUGAUGUAAUUGGCAUUAUCAAGUCAGAGCUCGAAGAAGCAUGCCCUGGAGUUGUUUCUUGUGCUGACAUUCUUGUUUUGGCAGCCAGAGAUAGUGUUGCUUUGGCUGGUGGUCCAUUCUAUCCUCUGUGUACUGGUAGGAGAGACAGCUCUAAUUCUUUCUCAGACCUUGCAACAAAUGAGCUUCCUUCACCCUUUCAUGAUCUAUCCCAAACCCUUGCAUCUUUUGCAUCAAGGGGAUUUGAUGAAAGAGAAGCUGUCAGUCUCUUAGGUGCCCACAGCAUCGGUGUGAUCCACUGCAAAUUCUUGCAAAACCGUCUCUACAACUUCAGCGGUACUGAUGGGCCUGACCCAUCUGUAGAAACAAGUUUCCUGAACCUCAUGAGAUCAAAAUGCAAUAACACCCACACAUCUUCCUCUUCCUCUUCAGCAACAGCAUAUUCUUAUGGCGGCUCACUGUCAUCAUAUGGAGCACAACAAUCACCUUCCCAUGAUGGCUCGCCAUCUUCCUCACCUGAGGAGCCUGGAAUGGCUAUGGACUACGAGGGGCCUAGAUCACCGUUUGGAACCCUGUACUACCAUAGUCUUUUGCAAGGUAGAGGAAUCCUUUAUGUUGACCAGCAGCUAAUGGCAGGGGAAGAGACUGGGAAUUGGGUCAGCGCAUAUGCUUCACAUACCUCCUUGUUCCGCCGAGACUUUGCCCUGGCAAUGAUGAAGCUCUCAAACCUCCAAGUCUUGACAGCACCAACGGGUCAUAUCCGCCUCAAUUGUUCAAAAGUGGGGUGA